UUCCCCUCACAUGCUUUGCUAAAGUCAGUUUCCUGAAAGCUAGCUGUCCAUCGAUGCUGUGUGGUACUGUUUCUCUGUAAACCUUAGUUUCCAUUAUGACAAAGCCUGGAUUCACCCUGCUUUGUCUGCUUCCUCUUUCGAUGACCAUUGGCCAAGCUGCCGCUAUGAAUGAAGCAAACAUCUGCUACAUCUUGGAUGCCAUUCUGUUUGUCUACGGACUUGUCCUAACUGUCCUUUACUGCAGAAUCAAGAUACUGCAGGAAAUUGCAAAAAAACAGGAUUCUGCAAAGAAGAAUGCAUCAGACCAAGUCUAUGAAGGACUUUCACAUCGUACUCAAGAUACCUAUGAGUCCAUCAACAUGAAGAAAACCAAAAACUGAGACAAACAAUUCAAAGAAAAAAUGGUGCAUUGUCUUUCCUCAUUUCAUUGUCCUAUUUCUGGCAACUGAUGUAAAAACUAAGCAACAUUCUUUCAACUUAAAUGCACUGUAAUGCAAGACUUCUAUAUACUUAAAAAAAAAAAAAUGUAAUCUGAAGAACAGUUGUAAAUUCUUUCAUUGUUUUUAAUAUUGUCUUCAUAUUGUUGCCAAUUAUAUUUGUAUUUGAUGCAAAUUAAACAACCUGAGGAUGUUUGAAACAGCGGAAUAUUUGUACAUUUACUGUAUGUAACUAAUGUCUCACUUCUAUACAUUUUUAUUUCUAUGCACUUUCGAAAUAUUUGUGCUAUUGUUAUAUAAUUGUUACGUUGCAAAAAUAUUUGACUAAUAUGCAUUAAAAUUGCUGCUUUCCUGUUCUGCAAAGUUGUCUCACACAUUUGUCGCUGCUAUGGCAACAACUGUUCCUACAACCACACUGUUCAAUAAACUUCCUGUUUUCUGAUUAGGUUGGUUGUGUAUCAGAGCCGGAGUACAAUUUUCACUAGAAUUGCAGCAGUGGUUAUAGUAAUAAUAAAGGUUCUGUACACUUAAAGAUCAUGUUAAUGCAGUUUUGACAGUAAGCACCAGAGAGCAGUAUUUAUGCAUGAUUGUGACCCCAGUUUACCAUUAUAAACUCAAACCUUUAAUCCAUGUGUUUGUUUACCAAGUGUUUUUGUAUUAUUCUCUUGCUUCAUUUCUUUCAGUACAACUUAAUAAACCUUAUUUGAUAUUGA